GUAGACAAGCAGUUCAGCUCCAAGAGCAGUACCAACAGCACCAGCAGCAGCAACAGCGCCGCCUCCAGCGACAACACCUAGCAAACAUGACUUCCAGCGGCAUGAACAUGAUGAGCAAGAUCAUCUUCUACGAGGACAGGAACUUCCAGGGCCGCUCUUACGAGUGUAUGAGCGACUGCGCCGACAUGUCCUCCUACAUGAACCGUUGCCACUCCUGCAGGGUGGAGAGGGGCUGCUUCAUGGUCUACGACCGCACCAACUACAUGGGAAACCAGUACUUCAUGAGGAGGGGCGAGUACGCCGACUACAUGAGCAUGAUGGGCAUGAGCGACUGCAUCAGGUCCUGCCGCAUGAUCCCCAUGUACAGAGGCUCCUACAGGAUGAGGAUCUACGAGAGAGAGAGCUUCCAGGGCCAGAUGCACGAGAUGAUGGAGGACUGUGACAACAUCAUGAGCCGCUACAGCAUGUCCAACUUCAUGUCCUGCAACGUGAUGGACGGCCACUGGCUGAUGUAUGAGCAGCCCAACUACAGGGGAAGGAUGUGGUACAUGAGGCCUGGCGAGUACAGGAGCUUCAUGAACAUGGGCGGGAGCAACAUGAGGUUCAUGAGCAUGAGGCGCAUCAUGGAUUCCUGCUACUAGAAGAUGACUCCUGAUGGUGCAGCAAUUAGUUUCUACACAUAUUUGAGACAAUUAGUGACUAAGCUACUUAUCUGCAGCAAUAUACACUGAGUGUUGACUGCAGUAGAUGGAUGAAAGAUUGAAAAAAAAAAAACCAAGAGAAACUAAUAAAGUCUGCUUUAUAAAAAAUGA